CUGGAGAUUGGAAAAGAGAGGCUUUGGCUAUCAUUAAAAGGACACUUUUCAUUUAGUGGCUUCUUCAAUGGAGAUUUCAUCUAUCACAGGGUUAUAUGAACCGGAAAUGGAAGAUCCUAGCGUUUUUGGUCAGUGGCACAUGAAUACCCUUGAUGAGGUCAAUAUCCUGCCGCUAGCAGCUGCAUUUGGAGAGAACUUGCAGCGCUCUUUCAAUCGCCCUUCCUUCAACAUCAGAACUUCUUUAGAAACUAAUCAUAUUGGCAAUGACAGACCCCCAAAACAGCUCAAAACCAACAGCUGGAAUUCCAGAAAAAGUAAUAAUAUACCAAACCCCCAAGCUGCUUUUUCUCCAAACACUACUCUCUCCUUUGUCAAUUCCACCCACACAAAUCCAAUUGGCAUUGUCAAGCCUAAGGAGGAGGCAGUGAGCUCUAACAUCCCUGACACCAUCCCUUCUGAUAUCUUGUUUUCUCAAAAUUCCUCUGGAGAGCAAAAUUAUGUGUUUAAGGCCUGCCAAGAACCCAUGAAGAGUAGCACAGGAACUAGACUUUCUCAUACACACAAUCAUGUAAUAGCAGAAAGGAAGCGGCGUGAGAAGCUUAGCCAAAGAUUUAUAGCUUUGUCUGCUUUAGUUCCUGGCCUAAAGAAGAUGGACAAGGCUUCUGUUCUUGGAGACGCUAUCAAGUAUGUGAAACAACUUAAAGAAAAGGUUAGGAACCUUGAGGAUCAGACAAGGAAGAAUUCAAUGGAAUCAGUUGUCUUUGUGAAGAAAUCUCAACUCUUUGCUGAGGGUGACAACUGUUCCUCAGAUGAGAAUUUCAGUGGCUCCUUUGAUGAGCCACUACCAGAGAUUGAAGCAAGAUUCUGCGGGAAAAGUGUUCUCAUAAGAAUUCACUGCGAGAAAAGAAAUGGAGUUUUGGAGAAAAUCCUGGCUGAACUUGAGAAAUGUUACCUAACAAUCACGAAUAGCAGUGUCAUGACAUUUGGGAGCUCUGCUGUUGAUAUAACCAUAAUUGCUCAGAUGGAUGUUGAAUUCUGCAUGACAGGGAAGGAUCUGUUGAAGAAUCUACGCUCAGCUUUUGAAUUGUUUGUGUGAAAGGAAGCUUUGAUUCUAUUGAUCAUGAAUCUACGCUCAGCUAUCAGAUCUAGUAGUAGGAUUGUCCAUUAACCACCUUCCAUUUAUGCAGAGUAGCCUAAGUGGUUGUGCUUCUUCUCCUCAGGACACUUGCCUGAUUUGAAGCCCACAAUGAGGUGUUGGUUCUGUCCAGUCCUCACAAAACUGCUUGCAAUUUUUGCCCAUUAGCUUGCACAUUAAUGGAGAACCCAACUACUAGAUCUUAUGGCUGAGCAUCCAUAACCAAGUGCUUGUGCCUCUUUUUUUCCCAAGUGUUUUUGCACCUGAUGCAGUUUCUUAAGCUUUCUGAAUUUAAGGAAUAAUCCCCAACAUACACAUCCAGACGGUACAGAAACAAGGCCUAUGUUGCUCCACCACUUAAGAUCACCAUCAAGCUUGUUUGGUGUGAGGUUCAUUUUGCAGGAUGGGUUUCCCCUUUUUUUCAUGGUUAACUUGUUGAUCAUGUUCAGUCCCCACCUGUUUGUAAAGUAAUCUCACAGCUUAUUUGUGCUUUUUUUGACCUGUGGGAGGUUGAAAGUUCAACUGAAACAGUUUCUUCCCCUUCUAGUAUCUCAAGGUUUGAAAAGGGGAAAAUGGUUUUUUAGGUGUGUGGAUAAACAGGCCCUUGUUUUAGUACUUUGUUUUGAAUUGGUCAGUGUUUUAGACGUGACUCUUUUAUCUCAGCCUCUUUCUCUAUGCAAUCUCUUUUUGGUUUCUAGUAGUUUCAUCCACAUGAAUUGAAAGAAAAGACAAUAAAACUUCUAUAUUUCU